GCGGUGGGAAGCGCCUUCCCCACAGGACAUCAAUGCAAGCCUGAAUAGGAAAAACAACUUCUUCUUCCUAAGCCAUGGCAUAUCAAUUAUACAGAAAUACAACUUUGGGAAACAGUCUCCAGGAGAGCCUUGAUGAGCUCACACAGUCUCAACAGAUCACCCCCCAACUUGCCCUUCAAGUUCUACUUCAGUUUGAUAAAGCUAUAAACUCAGCAUUGGUGCAGAGGGUCAGAAACAGAGUCAAUUUCAGGGGUUCUCUAAAUACAUACAGAUUCUGCAAUAAUGUGUGGACUUUUGUAUUGAAUGAUGUUGAAUUCAGAGAGGUGACAGAACUUAUUAAAGUGGAUAAAGUGAAAAUUGUAGCCUGUGAUGGUAAAAAUACUGGCUCCAAUACUACAGAAUGAAUAGAAAAAAAUGGCUUUUUUAUGCCAUCUUCUGUUGUUCAUCACUUUUUGAAGAGAAGCAUAGAAGAGACUUUUUAAAUUUAUUCUAGCAUUGUGGAAAUGACUACACUGUGCUAUAUAUACUACCAGAAGUCCAACAGAAAGAAGCUUAUAACUAUAGCCUCUUACAUUACUUUUUCAGCAUGAAGAAACAGAAGUUUUUUUUUUAACAACAAACAUUGUUGCCUUCCUAAGAACAUUCUUGAAUAAACUCAU